CAGGCCAUGGUUAGAUUUAAAGUGGCAGUGGCACUCCAUAUACUCUUCAGCUGGAUUUACAGAGGAGUCUCAAACGUUCACUGCUCUGGAUACGUGUGGAUAGAACCAGCUCCAGUCAUUCAGAUGGGUUUGAACAUUUCUAUAAAUUGCCACUCUACGGUAAACUGUCAAAUGGCAAAGUUAUACAUGAUGCUAAAUAAUACUCAUAUAGAAGACAAAUUAUUAACAACAAUAAACAAAACUACAGUGCAACUUCAGCUUCAUGAUUUCAGAAAACCAUAUUCCAUUGUCCUAUGUUAUGCCAAGUGUCCCAGCAAAGCUGCAGAUAUGAUAGUAUGUGGAACACAAUUUUUUGCAGGACAUCCACCGGACAGUCCAACCAAUUUAACUUGUGUCAUUUAUGAACAUUCAGACCACCUGACUUGUGCUUGGGACGCAGGGAAGUACACCUACAUAAGUACUAAUUACAUUCUCUACCUGAAGAGUUUACAGACAGGUGAGGAGAAAGCAUUUCCUUCGAAUGCAGCAAUCAACAUUUCAUUGAGCAAAUUACAAGGAGGCAAACUGUAUUCUAUUUGGGUCCAAGCCAAAAAUGACCUAGGCACAGCACAUUCGGAUCAUCUGCAAGUUAACCUUGAGGAUUUAGUGAUACCAGCCACACCGGUUAUCACCAAUGUUGAAACUACAGACAGUUCAGCACCGAGAACCAUACUCCACUGGAAAAAGCAAACAUUCAUGGAGAACGUUUAUUGUGAAGAGAGAUACAAAGCACUGGCAGACCAAACUUGGCAUAUGAAAGAAUGGGACAUAAAUGUGACAAGAGGGCCACACACAGAGUACAGCCUGGAGUCGAACACAGAGUAUGAGUUUCAAGUGAGAUGCCGAUUAAUUCUUGCCAAAAGCUAUUGGAGUGGAUGGAGUGCGCCCUUUAUUUACACAACCCCAGAAGCAGCACCUUCUAAAAUCCUGGAUGUGUGGAGGGUUAUGGGUCCAGUAUACACGAACGGUAGCCAAGAAGUGAUGGUCUUGAUAAAGCCUCUCGCUCCAAAAGAUGCCAGAGGAAGAAUUCUGGGUUAUACUGUGUUCCAUGAAAGCCGGGGAGAAAUGGUUAACUUAUGUAACACAUCAGACACACAAUGCAAAGUUCUGGUUUCCCCAGCAAUGCGCACUGUCCAUGUGACUGCAUAUAAUUCAAAGGGAAGUUCCAUGCCAGCCAGUAUAACAGUGACCCAAGAGCACAGUAAUUUUAACGAUUUCCUAUCCCCCACCAACAUGCAGAUUAGCCAUGAUGACCACAGAGGAAUAUCUGUCAAAUGGGAGCUGCCUAAAUACAUUGGAAGAUCAGUUCUGUGGUUCAUAGUUGAAUGGAUUUUUGCAGCUCAGCAUAACCAGCAACACGAUUUUUUAUGGAAGAAAGUCCCCAGCCAGGAUACAUUUACAUAUAUAGAGGGAGACCUCACAGAAGGAAUUCACAUGAACAUUUCAGUAUAUGCAGUGUAUCAAGAUGGAAUAAGCAAGCCAUGUCCUGGCCAACUUUAUCGGGUGGAUUCAGUAAAAAGGCUCCCAAACGCAAGCAUUGAUACUGAUCCUGUAAUCAUCGCCACAGCUACAGGGGAGAUUUCCUAUGAUAAUGAUGGAGAAGUUUUUUGGGGAAUAGGCACUGGUGCGAUCAUACUAUCAAUUGUUUUCUUAACUUUGAUAUUUAAAAAAUCACUUAGAAAAAGAGUUAGCACAGCACUUGCAUCAUUGACACCAAAAUGGCUGACUGAAGAUUUUCCUAAUGUGGAAAACAGCAGUGUGGUAAAGUCACUCCAGGAAAAAAGUGAGUUAAUGAGUAGCAAUUCCACCCAGUUGUUCUUGGAUAAUGAUGAUCCAGUCGUUACGGAAGUACUAGAGACAUCACUGCAGGAGGAGUGCAAGACCACAGACACCAAAAAGGGAAACAGAAAAGUGGCCACUGAGCAUAUGGCCAUCUCCCAAAACUCACUGCUUGUCAGCGCUCUAGUCACUGAGCAGAACAAUGGCUAUAAGCCCCAGGUUUCCAACAGAAGCCCACUGGGAAAUGUAUUUAGUAAUACUUACGAAACACAGUCCCAAGCACUGGAUCCAAACACGUAUCUCUCAAGCCAAGAUACACAUGUUUUGUUAAAAGAUUAUACAAGUCCUAUUACUUUCUUGUGGAAUGCUGAAGGAACUGGGAGCAAUACAUUUUUACUUGAGAAGUUUAACCUCAUUUUAAACAACAACAGAAGUGGACAGAGCAACACUUUCAGUACAACAGAUGAGGAACCUAAUACACUUUUGGAAAACCAGUGGAAAAAUCCACCGUCCACUGAAAAUGUUCAAGAGCAGACGUUAGUUCCAGAUGAGUUGGUCUCUUGCUUAGGAGCUGUGACUGAAGAAUCCAUAGGUAUAAAGUCCUAUUUUCCACAAACUGUUGGAAAACUAUUUCAAUAG